UCCAAAUGACUUGGUUAGUAGUGAGCAAUUUAAAGACAACGAAUAAAUUUAAACAAUUUUAUAAAGAAUUCAAUGUACAGAAAAAACAAGCAGUGCCACAAUGGCCACAGCUGUAUCUGAACAAAAUAAUGUUCAACAAACGUCCGGUGAUGCAAAAAUCACACCAUCACAAGUAAUGCAUAACGGUACUGAUUUAAAACAAGGUAGUAAUGUGAAAAUUGAAUCAAAUACUGGCUCCACACAGCGUUUAUUUGGUAUGAGUCAUCAUCAAUAUAUACCGACAUCAUCGUCAGAAGUUACUACAACACCAGGUCAAUUACCGAGUGAUCCAGGUAGUGGUGUACAUACAUCUAGUCCAAAACAAUCACCGGGUAAUGAAAAUAGUGGACCUAAUAAACAGAGUUCGUCGCCGUCAUCAAAUACAGAAUUUAUGCAUGGUAAUGAUGAAUCAGGAGGGCCACGACCUAACAAUCCGCCUGGGGGUUAUCCACCAAUGAAUGCAUCUAAAAUGCAGUUACCAUUAAAUGUAAGACCUGGUGGACCUGGACCUGGAAUGGUCAUGUAUACAUCACCUCAAGGGCCAUCACAACAAUAUUUAUCUGGACAUCGAAUAUCUCAACAAAGUGGCCCGACUCCAACAUUAAAUCAUUUGUUACAGACGUCAAAUACAAUGCAGCGUAUGCAAAAUUGUUACGGACCACCUCAAGGUCCACCAACAUCGAAUGUGGGUAGUGGGGGUAAUAGUGGACCAAAUGAUUCAAUGCCAUAUUCACCUCAAAGUUGGCAACAUCCUCAAGGACCCCCUCAACAAUCACAGAAUACGUUGUAUCCACCACAUCAAGGAAAUAUGCCACCAAUACCACCUAGCCCGAAUGCCUCAAUGCCUCCCACAUCAACGCCCCAAAUUUAUGGAAAUCCAUCAUCUCCUUUUGUACAUCGACCGCCUCAAUCGUCAACGCCUAAUACAAAUUUGCCAGAUUCAGUGGAUCUGGCUGGCCAAAAUAGUAAUGACAGCUUUACUGGUGGCGUCAAUAGUGCUGGAGGCACUAACGCUGGAGGGGGUGGAGCCCCAGGUACACCGAAUUCACAGGGGAUGAGGCCAAGUCCCUCGCCCACAGGAUCAACUGGCUCACGAUCUAUGUCGCCGGCCGUCGGUCAACAGAAUAUUCAGAUGCCUCCUCGACCAUCUAGUAGCCAAUCGGAUGGAAGCGGACCCACUCGUAUGAGUCACUCUCCAAUGGCAACUCAAGGGGGAUAUCAAGGGCCACCACAAUCAUCUCAUAUAACAGGCUAUAAAAUGCCUGGUGGGGUCGGCGGGCAAUCAACAGGUUCGAGCGGUCCACCUGGUGGACCUCCAUAUAGUGGAGGUGGUCCUCAACAUACAAGUGGGCCUCCACAAUCUCAUAACCAAUUUCCACCAUCGACUCAAGGAAAUUACGGAGCAGCUCGAGCACCAGGAAAUAUGCAGUACAGUCCAAAUCAAGUUUAUGGUGGGCCAAAUAAUCCUGGUGGACAAGGUCCUAAUCCAAAUGUUAACAAUAUUAAUUCCGCACAAUAUUCAGGUCGCCCAAUGCCAAAUCAUUUUCCUGGUUACCAAUCGCAACCAUGGAAUCCACCUGGAAGUGGUGGAGCACCUCCGUUAUCACCAAACAUGGCCGGUAAAGGUGGUAACAUACCAGUAAGCCAACAAAGUGGUCCACCCGGUCAAGGAGGCCCACCCGCAUCAUCUCCACUACUUCAUGCACCAAAUUCCCAAUCACCCAGACCGCCACCUCAUUAUUUAAAGCAACAUUUAACACACAAGUUCGGCGGUGGUGGUGGAGGAAGUAUUAGUGUGGUAACCAGUCAUAGUCCACCACAAGGAUAUCCUGGAAUGGGUCCACCCAAUGUUGGUAUGCAUCAUCAUGUGGGUGCAACAAUGGGACCACCUUCAAUGGGCGGCCAUAUGGGUCAUAAUAUAAGUAUGGGUCCGCCAAAUAUUGGCCAAUCAAAUAGCCAUGAUGGUGGUCCAAUGCCACCGCCAAGUAGUACUCCAAAUUCUCAUAUGCCAAUAUCGAUUGGUGGUGAUGUAGGACCAUCCGGAUCGGGAUCUGAAACCAGUUCCGUGGAUAAUGGAAUCACUACAACGGCAGCUAGUAAUGUGGGAACACAUGUUACACCGUCUGUUGGUGGGAAUACGGUUACGUCUGUCGUUACAACUGGUCCUGAUGGAACAUCACUUGACGAAGGAUCACAGCAAUCCACCUUGUCCAAUGCUUCAAUUGCGUCUGGAGAAGAUCCACAAUGCAGUACACCAAAAUCUCGUAAGAAUGAUUUAAGCUCCAGUGGCGGCCAUUAUAGUCAUCCAACAACACCACAAAGCACGGUACCGUCACCUGGUGCAGCAAGUAUGAAUUCAAUGCACGCCGACGAAUACGAUAUAAGUAGCCCUAGUUGGCCACGAACUCCUGCCAGUCCGGUAUUUAACAGUCAUGUCCCUCAAGCUGAAACCUACAGAUCCAAGAAAAGUGAUAGUUUAUCAAAAUUAUAUGAAAUGGAUGAUAGUCCUGAUCGACGUGCCUGGCUGGAUAAAUUACUGGCAUUCAUGGAAGAACGACGUACACCAAUAACAACAUGUCCUACCAUCUCCAAGAACCCCCUCGAUCUGUUUCGUUUAUAUUUAUAUGUUAAAGACAGAGGGGGUUUUAUGGAGGUAUGCAAGAUUUCCCCAUCAUCCAACAAUAUCCGUCCUACUGUCCCAUAUUCCAAGGUAACCAAAAAUAAAACUUGGAAAGAUAUUGCUGGUAUGUUGGGUAUUGGGGCAUCGUCAAGUGCGGCAUACACAUUAAGAAAACAUUAUACUAAAAAUUUAUUGGCAUUCGAGUGUAAAUUUGAUAGGGGUGGUAUUGAUCCACAACCGAUUAUUAAUCAAGUUGAGGCCACAUCUAAAAAGAAGGGUGCUAAAUCAGCGUCAAUACCUUCACCAGGUUCAUCUAACUCACAAGAUUCAUUUCCAACACCUGGUUCAAGUGGGGCAUCCAUGGAUGGUUAUGGUGGCUACGGUUAUCCACCAGGUAGUCAACCGGAUUACAAUUCACCACAAAUGCAACAACGUCCAUCGUCACAAACAAACGCACCAAGUCCACAUCCAAAUGCGAAUGUUAUGAAUCAUCAAGGGAAUAAUCAAACUGGCGACAAUAUCAGUGUAUCGAAUCCAUUUGAUGAUGGUGCUUCAGGAGGUCAAGGUCCACCACGGUAUGGUAGUGGUGCUCCACCUGGCUCACAUCAAUUUGGUCCUGGUCCAGGUGCAGGUGGUUCACCACGACCUCAAGGAGGAAUGCCUGGACAAGGGUAUACUGGACAAACUGGUUAUAAUCAGUAUCAAGGUACUGGAACUAGUCCAGAUCCAUAUCAAAAUUAUCCAAAUAAUUCGAAUUAUCCACAAACGACACGAGCAUUAUCCAAUUAUCCACCAUAUAGUCCAGAUACUGAAAGCAGGGGAGGUUAUCCACCGGCCAGUAGUAUAAGUAGUACAAGUAUGGCAUCAAGUAAUAGUAAUCCAGCUGUUACUGGAAGUGUCCCAGCGCCUGAUCCUUAUAAUAGAUAUAAUAUGAAUACAACGGGUCCAGGUGGUACAUUUACGCCACGACAAGGUUAUGGUAUAAAUACAAAUCCGUCAACAAGUCAACCUAGUGCACAAUCUCAAUCGACCGGCUAUACAGGACAACCGGAAUACGCCAGGAAUGAUUAUACUAAUUAUCCUGGUGGUACGCCCGGUCAAACUUCACCAGUUAGCGGUAGUAAUCAAGUAUUUGGUAAUGGUAAAGCCAUGCCUCCACCUACAACUCAACCUCGUAGACAUCCAGAUUUUGCAAAAGAUCAACAACCACAGUAUCCCCCUUACAAUCCACAAAAACCUCAGAUGUAUGGUUGGCCCAAUAAUCAAUAUCGAGGUACGUACAGUGGACAACCUCAAGGUAUUCCUACAGGACAAACUGGUCAAUGGCCACAAGCGAAUGUACCGCCACGGGGUGGUCCACCUCCACCUGGAGGACCAGCUGGUGCUAAUGUACCACCUGCAACAAAUUCUGCAACAUGGGGUCCUGAACAUAGGUAUCCACCUGGCGCACCUGGUGCAGCGGGCGCAACUGGGACAUAUCCAGCACCGCAACCAGGACAACCUCAAUGGAAUCAAAUUCCACCAAAUCCGGUUGGACAAAAUACUGGAAUGCGUCCAACAAUGGUUGCAAGACCACCUUACCGUGCUGAAGGAAAACCACCUUUCAGUAUGCCUCCACCUCAAGUACUUAAUAAGUCAUCCCCAACAAGUGGCGGUAUGACGACAUCAUCGUACACACAACAACCAUUACCAAAACGUGAAAUAACAUUCCCUCCGGACAGUGUUGAAGCUGCCACCGCAAUGUUCUAUCGACGAAAACGUUUAACACGUAUGGAUGUAGCCCCCUUAGAUGCAUGGCGAAUAAUGAUGAGUUUACGCUCUGGUCUACUAUGCGAAACAACAUGGGCACUAGAUGUAUUAAAUAUAUUGUUAUUCGAUGAUACAGCUGUCGCAUAUUUUGGUCUUGCACAUUUACCAGGCCUCUUAGAUACAUUACUCGAACAUUUUCAACGUAGUCUAACCGAUAUGUUCGAACUAGCUGAAUUAACGGACUCGGAUAAACCAUGGUAUGAACUACCGAAAAAGAAAUAUGAGGAAGUGGAUUUAGGUGCUGUUACCACACCGAUUGAUUCCAACGAUCAUGUGGUAUUUUUAGCAAAUACACCAAAUUAUAGUAUGACGACAAGGAAAAACGCACCGGUUAAAAUUGUACCCAAAGAUGAUGAAAUAUUUAUUUUGGAUAAUCAUCGAAGUUGGGAUUCCGAGCCUGAUCCAAACGAACGUUGUGUUAUGGCACAAAUAACAUUUGAACCAUGGCAAUUAACAAGUUCUGGCGUUGAAAUGAAUCCAACCGAUCACAUAUUAACAUGUUUUCAAGCUGAAUUUGGUAAUGUACCUUUUGCACGAUUAUUAAAACCAUCUAAAAAACAAAAAUUGGAAGAAAAUGUUAAAAUUGAGGAGGAUAAAGAUGAUAAUACGACCGUAGAUAUUAAGGAAGAACCUCAAAGCGAUAACGAAGACAAUACCGAUAAACGUAAAAAAGUUAGUGAAGUGAUAGAAAAAGAUAGUGUUGUUACAAAAAGUGAUAAAGAAAGUGAUGAAACACUUAAUAAAAAGCGUACAAAAACAUUAAAUAGUGAUGUAAUCGAAUCAAAUGAUGAUUCAACGCCAAACCUCACGACGACGGCCACCACCACCACGACCACGACGCAGCAGCAGCAGGGAGAGAAAGAGAAGGUUAAGACUGAACAGCAAAUAACAAAAGUACCAGUUGACAUUGAAGAUGAUGGAUUGACUCGAGGUGCCACAAAUGAAUGUAGUAUGGAUCCAUCGGACGUUAAAAUAAAAACACCGAGUUUACCGUGUAAACAGACCAAAUUAAUAACAACACUUGGUUCGAUCAAGUAUAAAGUGAAUAUUCAAGAUGAAGCGGGUGUUUUGAAACGACGUCGUAUGAGCGAUUAUGAAGAUGAACCAUUCUCACGAGACGAACCAUCAUUAUGUUUAAUAACCGAAACACAAGAAUCUCUUGGUCGACGCUGUAUUUGCAUAUCUACAAUAUUACGUAAUCUAACAUUUAUACCUGGCAAUGAGUUAGAAUUUGCUAGAAAUUCAACCUUUCUUGGUUUACUAGGUAAAUUGUUAAUAUUGCAUCAUGAACAUCCGGUUCGUACACAGAAAACACGAAAUUAUGAUCGCGAAGAAGAUGCUGAUUUUGCGGAUUCAUGUAGCAGUUUACAGGGUGAAACUUACUGGUGGUGGGAUUAUCUAAUGCAAGUUCGAGAAAAUGUACUCGUUGCGACUGCAAAUAUAUCUGGACACAUUGAUUUGGAACCGUAUCCAGAGGAAAUAGCACGACCUAUCUUGGAUGGUUUACUGCAUUGGGCGGUAUGUCCAUCAGCACAUGGCCAAGAUCCAUUCUUAAGUGUGGGCCCAUUCUCAAUGCUCUCGCCACAACGUUUAGCAUUGGAAUCGCUAUGUAAAUUAUGUGUAACAGAUGCAAAUGUUGAUCUAGUGAUUGCGACACCCCCGUUUUCUCGCUUAGAACGAUUAUGUAGUGUGCUUACAAAAUUAUUAUGUCGUAGUGAGGAACAAGUAUUACGUGAAUUUGCUGUGAAUUUAUUACAUUAUUUAAGCGCAGCAUCUUCAGCAAUGGCUCGAGUUAUUGCGUUACAAUCGCCAUGUGUCUCGUUGUUAGUGAGUUUUAUUGAACAAGCUGAACAAAGUGCACUUGGUAUUGCAAAUCAACAUGGUAUUGGUGCGCUCCGGGAGAAUCCCGAUGCAAUGGGAACGAGUUUAGAUAUGUUACGCCGUGCUGCGCACACGCUUUUACAUUUAGCACGACAUCCGGAUAAUAGACCGUUAUUUAUACAACAGGAGCAACGUUUACUUAGCUUAGCAAUGAGUCAAAUAUUGGAUCAACAGGUUGCAAAUAUUAUUUCAAGUGUGCUAUAUGAGUGCUCAGCGCCGUUUUCAUCGCGACGUCGAAGUAUGGUGCAUAUACAUCAUGAUACAGCGUCCUCUUGUUCAUAGUUCGAAAAAGUUUUUUUCAAUUCAUCAUCAUCAUAAAUAAACUCCCCCUCUCUGCCCCCAUUCUUUAUACGUUUCCCAUCCCCCCCCCAAUCAUGUUUUAGAUCAUCCAGAAAGUAAAACUUUGUGAUUUAAGUGAAACUCUUGUGGAAAAAAGUAAAUUGUAUAUAUAUUUUGAAUUGUGUGGAAAAAAGACCAUAUUUAAAAAGAAAAACAUUAGUGCGCAUGUUAUGCACAUGCGUACAUGCGUAUUUUCAUCCAAGAAAAAAAUAAAACAACUUGAUGACAUUCAGUAAUAUCGUUAUUAUAUAUAAAAUUAGUUAAAACUGUAGAAAAAAAUCAUGAUGAAAAUUUUUAGGAAAAUGAUUGUACUAAAAUCAUAAUUUUACAAAAUUUAAAUAAAAUAUAUUCUUUUUAAA